CGCCUCUUUUCGCUCCGUCGAUCGAUUCCCGAUCCCCGAUCCCCUGCCCCCUCCUCCCUUGAAAUCUUGGAGGUCCAUUUUCUGAUACGAUUUCUGGUUUUUCUUGUUUGUGCCGCCUGCAAUUGGCGAAGGCUACUGGUUGAAGCAGUCGGUGAUGUCUCCCUACGCAGGUUCCAUGUAUCACGGUUCUCCUUUGCUGUUGCUCGCUCUUGGACCUCUCGCUGUCAAAAGUUGGCGAACUGGAUAGUGGUGCAUAGAGCGAUAAUGGCGAUAAAGGAUCUGGACACCCUGUUCUCUUCCCUGGAUCCGGAGUACUACGACAUCCUCAUGAAAUACUUGUACAAAGGCUUGUCUACAGGGGAUCGCCCCACCUGUGACCAGUGCCUGCGGAUUCACGAAAGACUCACGGAGAGGGCCGGCUUGGGGUGCAUACUUCGUUCCCUAGCAGACACCACAAAUACAGUAUGAUGAUUAUUGCUAUCGUGAUCUGAAGAGAGAAAAGUGCCCACUAUAUGAUUCCUCACCUCCCUUUCCUGUAGAUUUGGGCUGCAGUGUAUCCGUCAUUGACAUGAAUGUGAUCGGUAUUACACUUUAUUACGAAGUAUCAUCUCUGAGUCCUUACAAAGCUAAACUUGCUUCGGAUUGCCAAAGAACAUGCAUUCUAUCAUUUCGAGGAGUUGAGCAUUUGUCUAUCCUUGA